CUCUCCUCUACGGUAAACGUCACUCUUCACUCUUCUUCUUUCUGCUCUCACCCUGUUUUUCUUUGGUAGAUCUAGGGUUUCGAACUGAAACCCUUUAUUUUUCCCCUUUUUAAUUUGAAUUUACCCUUUUUUCUUCUUCGUCAGCAAUGGCGACUCCAUACAUGACUGCACCUCAGGUGGGUUCGUACUUCGUAACGCAGUAUUACUCAAUGCUUCAGCAACGGCCGGAGUUCGUGCACCAGCUGUACUCCGACGCAAGUACUAUGCUUCGUAUUGAUGGUCAUACGCGCGAGACUGCUACUGCAAUGCUGCAAAUCCAUACACUUGUUAUGUCGAUGCGUUUCACCUCAAUUGAGAUUAAGACGGCUCAUUCCCUUGAAUCAUGGAAUGGAGGAGUAAUCGUUAUGGUCACAGGGUCUGUACAGAUCAGGGAUUUCAGUGGGAAAAAGAAAUUUGCUCAGACAUUUUUUUUGGCUCCUCAGGAGAAAGGAUUUUUUGUCCUCAAUGAUGUUUUUCACUUUAUUGAAGAAGACCAAAUUCAUCCAUAUCCAGCUUCACUGAUGGGGCAAACCAAUCUUAAUGUGAAGUUAAAUACUUCUUCACCCAUACCAGAGGCAGUGCCAAACUACAUGAUUAACGGAGGAAUGCAGGCCAGGGACUACAUACCUUCUGGUGAAAUCAAAGAAAAUGGUGCUGUUGAUACGUAUUCAAUGCCUGAACAGAGGCUGCAGCAAGCUCCUGAAGUUGAAAAUAUUCUCGAAGUCAGUUCUAGAGAGCAGGCAAAUAGUUUUCUUGAAAGCCCAAUAAACCCCAUACAAGAAAUUCCACCAUCACAGAUAGAGGAAUCAGUUGAUGAGCCUCAAAAGCAUACCUAUGCUUCUAUAUUACGCGCUGCAAAAGCACAGUCAGCAGUUUCUACUGCACUUCCAUCAUCUUCGAACAAGGCUGUGGCUGCUUCAGAAUGGCAGCAACAAACCCAGCAAUCUGCUGUCCAACAAGCUCAGCAGCAGACAAAUACAACGCAUGUUGCAAAUGAGAAUUUUAUGUCAGACAUGGGCGAGGAGGUUUCGGCUAUAGAAGAUAGAGCUGAAAUAAAGUCAGUCUACGUGAGAAACUUGUUACCGAACGUAUCCGCUUCUGAACUAGAGGAGGAGUUUAUGAAAUUUGGCCAGCUUACUGGUGAAGGCGUAGCCAUCAGGAGGUUGAAGGACACUGAUGUUUGUUAUGCAUUUGUUGAAUUUGAAGAUAUUGACGCCGUCCAGAGUGCAAUUAAGGCUGGUUCAGUCCAGAUAGCCGGACGACAAGUAUACAUAGAGGAGAGAAGAGCAAACAGCAGCUUUGCACGUGGAAGGAGAGGGAGAGGCAGGGCUACAUAUCAGCCAGAUGCUUCGAGGGGACGGUUUGGAGGUCGUAGUUAUAGCAGGGGUGGUGGUGGUCAAGUUGGCGAGUUCAACAGACCACGAGGAAACGGCUAUUACAGGCAAACUAGCCGACAAGACAAAGGGUAUUCCACAACCCAAAGCAUUUCAGAGUGAACAUUGUAGUUUGAUGAUGAAGAAAUAGGGAAAUUUUAGUGUUACUUUCAGUUUAGUUUUGGUAGUCAAACAUAAAUAUACUUAAAAUGUUUCUGUAGCUCUUUUGGCAUUUGAAGAAAUGCAUUAUUUGGGGAGUGGCUUUCAAUAUACUUAGCCUAUGUUAUUGAUCAUUUAUUAAAGAUAUAUGUUUAUGUCUUCAGUCAUAAAAGUGUUGACCAGUGUCAACUUCCGUCUGA